GCAAUCAAUCCGACAUUACACGAACUAGGUUACAUGGCAACACCCCAUUAGCCAAACCAACUUAACCAAAUCAAAAACCAUGUUAUUCCAGCUAAACUAAACUGUUAGUCAUUGAUUAAGCUGACAUAUUCACAUAUUAAAAAAAAAAAAAAAAGAGAAGUCACUGUAACAGGUGAAGAGUCACAGUAUCGUCUUCUGUUGUCUUCUCUCUCCCUUCAAUGUCAAGAAGCUAGGGUUUCUCUCCCUCCAAAAUCCCAUUAUCUGUUUCUCCCAAAAUCCCACUCCAUCACUUUCAAGUAGAGGAUACACUUAAGGGUUUAAGCUUCCAUGGCUAAAACCAGACCAGGAGGCCUCAUCUCCAAGCCUAAAACAGGCAAGAGGGACCUUGACUCCUACACAAUUCGCGGCACUACCAAAGUUGUCAGAGUGGGGGAUUGUGUAAUGAUGAGACCAUCUGAUACUGGUAGGCCUUCAUACGUGGCAAGAAUUGAGGGGAUGGAGGCUGACAGUAGAAGCAAUGUGAAGGUUAGAGUGAGAUGGUACUAUAGGCCAGAAGAGUCUUUAGGAGGGCGCAGGCAGUUUCAUGGAGCGAAAGAGUUGUUCUUAUCAGAUCAUUAUGAUGUGCAAAGUGCUCACACUAUUGAAGGGAAGUGCAUAGUUCACUCUUUUAAGAACUAUACCAAGCUUGAAAAUGUUGGAGCUGAGGAUUAUUAUUGCAGGUUUGAGUAUAAGGCUGCUACUGGAGGUUUCACUCCGGACCGUGUUGCUGUGUAUUGCAAAUGUGAGAUGCCAUAUAACCCAGAUGAUCUUAUGGUGCAAUGUGAGGGUUGCAAGGACUGGUAUCAUCCUGCUUGUGUGGACAUGACAAUUGAAGAGGCAAAAAAAUUGGAUCACUUUGUGUGUUCUGAAUGUGCAUCUGAUGAUGAUGUCAAAAGAUCACAAAAUGGGUUUUCAGUGUCAUCAGUUACUGAUGUCAAGGAAUACCAUUUUCACUUCUACACUGUUUCCUGAUCCCUUAUCUUCUUCUUCUGGAAUAUGGAGAGUUGGUUGGCUUAUAAUGCUUAGAAGAUUGCAACUUUGAUGCACACAUCACCAUUUGAAAAUUUGAGUUAUUGUAUCAAGUUGCUUGGAUAAGAUGGAUUUGGGUCCUAUGAUGUCCUCUUCAUCUUAAUUGAUGUGAUGUAGUGGACCAUGCUGGGGUUGUGCAAAUGUUGGAAGUUGUUUGAUAUAGAUUUUUAUAUUCAUUGCUCUGUUCAAUCGAUCAAUGUAUGAGAGAAAUCCUGAACUAUAGAUCCAAAUCUGGGUCCGUGGUUACAGACUAUAUUUAGAGGUUUGGUCUGCCAUUAUAUCAGGAUCCAAAGUGAUAUAUUUUACCAAAUUUGAUCCCUUAUAUGCUUAA